UGUGCUUUGUUAGAGAGGUGUGAUGUAGUAUUGCUCUGUUCUGAGGUGUGUGUGUGUGUGUGUGUGUGUGUGUGUGGUGGGGGUUUCUCUGGGCCCCUCUUUUUCUCGUUUCCUUGGUCACCCUGAUGGACACACACACACUUUUGCUAUGGCGGGCUCAGAGAAGUGCAGCACCGUGCCGGAGUCUCCUGAACCAGAGCCCUGCGACCGACCACAACUGGACCAGGACCAGAACCAGAAGAAGGAGGAGGAGGAUGAGGACGAGGAAGAUGAAAGAUCUGAACCUCAGAACCAGGAGCCUUCGGAUCCGGAGUGUGUGGAGGAGAGAUUCCGGAUCGACCGGAAGAAGCUGGAGCUCAUGCUGUACGGUGUGUAAUGUUCUGGAUUGUCAGGCGAGGAGUUCUUCGAGAAGGUGAUGAGAGAAACACACACGCAGGUGAAAUGGCCGUCCAAGCUGAAGAUCGGUGCGAAAUCAAAGAAAGAUCCUCAUGUUAAAGUGGAGGGGAAAAGAGCAAACGUUCUGGAGGCCAAACGGAUGAUUCUGGAGCUUCUUGAGACUAAGGUGAAUAAAGUCACGCUGAAGAUGGACGUCACACACACGGAGCACUCUCAUGUGAUCGGGAAAGGGGGCGGGAACAUUAAGAAGGUCAUGGAGGACACUUCCUGUCACAUUCACUUCCCCGAUUCCAACCGGAACAACGGCACGGGAGAAAAGAGCAACCAGGUGUCCAUCGCCGGGCCGGUUCAGGGGGUGGAGUCUGCGCGGAGACGCAUCCGGGAUCUGCAGCCCCUGGUGCUGACCUUUGACCUCCCCGUGACCCUUGUGGGGGGUGUUGUGGCAGACACGGGGUCUCCGGUGAUCCAGCACGUGGCUCAGGCGUUUGGAGUGAGCGUGAGCUUCAGAUCGCAGCCCAAACUUUACUGCAGCUCCUGCAGCGUGAGAGGAGUGCAGGGAAACACUGAUGCCCUGAAGAAGGCGACGUGUGUCCUCAUGGAGCUGCUGCUGGGCUCGGGUUUGACAGGAGUGAUGGUGAGCACACAGCUGGACGUCACCUCACAGCAACACUUGUUCCUGUUGGGUCAAAACGGAGCGAACUUCCUCACCGUGAUGCAUCAGACACACACACAGAUCAUCCUGCCCGACCUCAGCGCUCCGCAACACACACCCUCGCUCCUCAUCCAGGGCACGGCUGACGGAGUGUGUCUCGCUCGACAGCAGCUGAUGGACUGUCUGCCUGUCUGUCUGAUGUUUGAUUUGAAGGACGAGGGAGAUUCUGACCCACGGAAACUCGCUCAGAUGAUGCAGAACCUGGGAGUUUUUAUCAGCGUCAAACCGAAGGUCAAGCAGACAGCGAAGUCAGUGGUUGUGAAAGGUUUGGAGAGGAACAUCAUGAACCUCUAUGAGGCCAGACGUCUGCUGCUCGGGCUGGACUCCAGUGAGGUCUCGGGGACCAAGACCCCUGUGGACCCUCUGGUGGCCAAUAAUGGAAUCACAGGCUACUGGCUCAAGGUGUUAAUGCAACAACUGUGCCUCACUGAGACAGAUGCUGUGAAUGGCUCUCCCCCUGGGAAGCCCCGCCCCACACCACCACCCGGAUUGGCUGUUACAUCAGAGGAUGGACGGAUAGGACUCAAAGGAGUGGAGUCUAAAUUAGAGAAGAUUCCAGAGAACGACGAUCCGCAGACACAAGCAGAGACGGAGUCCUGCGUCUCGCCACAUGCGGAGGUGACAGAGGUUAGAGAGGUCGUUGCCAAGACAACUGUCUCAUCAAGGAGAGGCAGCCAAUCAGAGGCCUUCAGGGAGCCAAACCAGCCACUCACGUCUGAGAGGUCAGUGAGGGUGGAGGUGGAUGGUGUUUAUUUGAACAGAGACAGACGCUGUAGUCUGAGGAUAUUCCCCUCCGCCGAUCCUCAUACUGAGGACCAUGAAUACGAGAGAAAAAAGCAUCUGGCAACUCAAGCUAUGCAGCAGACACCCGUGGUCACUGAGGUCCGGACCCCCACAGACACCUGGGCUGGCUUGGGCUUCUCUAAAUCGAUGCCCACCGACGCUGUGCGCGAGCUGAGAGCCGUGAGCCGCCGCUGCUACAGACCCUACAACAACCAGCAGCAGGUGUGGAGUUCACAGAGUGGAAAGGAACGCUGUUGGAACGGCAGCGACUCGGGGAACUGGAGAGAAAGACGUGGAUCUGCAUCUUCAUCACCACCUUCAUCAUCCUUUCUUGCCUAUAGUUUGUCAUCAGCCCGAACAUCGGAGGCCUACCUGACCAGCUCUGAGGGCGGGGCUACAGUGUCCAGACAUUUGAUUGGCAGCUCUCCCAGUCCCGCCCACGCAGAUGAUCUUAUAGAGUUACUGGCACAGCUGGGUCUGGAGAAAUACAUUGAUAUUUUCCAACAACAGGAGAUCGAUUACCAGACGUUCCUGACGCUCUCAGACGAGGAUUUGAAGGAAGUGGGCGUGAACACAUUUGGAGCGCGGCGGAAGAUGAUUCUCGCCAUCACGGAUUUGAGUAAAAAGAGGACAUUUCCAGAAGCGCCCACGGUGAAGUCUGGAUACCUGGAAGGAGGAGCAAGCGGACGUCUUCCACGAAUCAUGGACGAGGACUUGGCUGCCAAGAGUAACCGCUGGUGACCGGAUCACGUGAACGCAAAAGACUAUAGCAUUACCUAUAAUGCACCUGGGGCCAGUUUGUGCUUCCUGUCAUGUGGCCCUCAGGGACCAAUCAAAGUAUGGCAUGACAGAUGAUUUCCAUAUAAGACAGAGAGGACAGAUGUGCUGUGACUCUCAGAGGAAACAUGCGGAGAAGUGUGACCUUCAGCAUGAACCCACUGCCCGUCCAACACCAAUACUUAGUAUGCAAGUCUGUCUCUCUGACUCUCUCUACCUCCAUUUCUCUUUCUACUGCUGUUCUAUGCAAAACUUUAUUUCCUUUAUGUAUUGUUCAAAUAUAAGAAUGCUUUCAGACGAUGUUUAAAUUUGGAUCUUCCAUUAAAUGAGACACAAAAACA